CACAGGGGAAGCCGCUGCUUUUGGGGAUCUGGCUACAGCAGAAAAGAGUCCUCUUCAACGAGGGGUAUCUGGGAAUCAGAAGAGCCACGGACACCUCAGAGCUCUGGAUCUGGGCUUUUCCUCUGUUCAUGGCUGCAGCGCCUCUCCCCAGUUUGUGAGCCUCUCCCUGAACAGCAGUCAUGGCCUUGAAGAAUGUCCCAUUUCGCUCAGAGGUCCUAGCCUGGAACUCAGACAACCUCGCUGACUAUUUCAGGAAGCUGAACUACAGGGACUGUGAGAAGGCUGUGAAGAAAUACCACAUUGAUGGUGCUCGGUUUUUGAACCUGACAGAAAAUGACAUUCAGAAGUUUCCUAAGCUGAGGAUGCCAAUUCUCAGUAAGUUGAGUCAAGACAUCAACAAGAAUGAAGAGAGAAGGAGCAUUUUCACACGCAAACCCCAGAUUCAACGGUUUCCUGAGGAGACAGAAAGCCAUGAAGAAGACGAUGGUGGCUGGUCAUCCUUUGAAGAUGACUAUGAAAGUCCCAAUGACGAUGAGCCGGAUGGGGAGGACGAUGGUGACUAUGAAUCCCCUAAUGAGGAGGAACAGGCCCUGGUGGACGAUGUUGCUGAAUAUGAGCCUCCACCCUCCAACAAUGAGGAGGCUCUGCAGAGCUCCAUCCUGCCCCCCAAGCCUUUCUUCAAUGCCAACUCCAUGUACAUCGACCGACCUCCCACCGGCAAAGUCUCCCAGCAGCCUCCCGUGCCUCCGCAGAGACCAAAGGCCGCCCUCCCUCCCCUGCCAACAGGCCGGAAUCACUCGCCACUGUCUCCACCCCAUCUCAACCAUGAAGAGUCCAGCAGAAGUGGAAACAACAAAACAGCGAAGUUACCUGCUCCAUCAAUAGACAGAAGCACAAAACCUCCCCUGGAUCGCUCACUGGCCCCUCUUGACCGAGAGCCCUUCAUACUAGGAAAGAAACCAACAUUUUCUGAUAAGCCCGCGGCCCCAGUGGGAAGGGAGCAUUUACCCAAGAUACAAAAGCCUCCUUUGCCACCAGCCAUGGACAGACACGAAAGAAAUGAAAGACUCGGACCCCUGACAGCAAGGAAGCCGCCAGUUCCAAGGCAUGGAAGGGGACCAGACAGAAGAGAGAAUGAUGAAGAUGAUGUGCAUCAGAGGCCUUUGCCGCAGCCGUCUCUACCUUCCAUGAGCUCCAACACAUUCCCUUCGAGAUCUGUCAAGCCCAGCCCCAAGAACACAUUCCCAUUGUCCCACAUGCCGGGAGUCUUCUCAGAAAGUAACAUUGGCUUUCAACAGAGUGCCUCCCUGCCACCAUACUUCUCUCAAGGUCCCAGCAACAGGCCACCUCUCAGAAGUGAAGGCAGAAACUUACCCUUGCCGGUUCCAAACAGGCCUCAGCCUCCAUCUCCUGGAGAAGAAGUGACACCCUUAGAUGAAGAGUGGUAUGUCUCUUAUAUCACCCGACCAGAGGCAGAAGCCGCUCUGAGGAAGAUAAACCAGGAUGGCACCUUCCUGGUUAGAGACAGCUCUAAGAAGACAGUAAACAAUCCAUACGUCCUCAUGGUGUUGUACAAAGACAAAGUUUACAACAUCCAGAUCCGCUACCAGGAGGAAGGUCAAGUCUAUUUGUUGGGCACUGGACUUCGAGGAAAAGAGGACUUCCUGUCUGUAUCAGAUAUUAUUGACUACUUCAGGAAAAUGCCACUGUUGCUCAUUGAUGGAAAAAAUCGAGGGUCCAGAUACCAGUGCACACUAACACAUGCUGCAGGCUGUCCGUAGCAAGUUAGCCAAGAAAUGAGCCUUCCUGACUCUGUGGUCACUGCGGCGAGAUCAUGUGACCUUAGCAAAUGGCCGAGCACUUAGGACUAAAGCAGACUGUUAACGCGGGCCCUGAGUUCUGCCCUCUCCUUUUAAAGUAUCUGAAGAUUGUUGAAUACCACACGAUUUAUUUAUUUUCUUUGAUGUUUAUAGAGUAUAGAAGUGAUCAUGUUCAUGUUUGAAGUCUAAGAGUGUACAGCAGACAUGAGAUUUUGAACAUCCAUCUCAAAAUACAGUACUUUAUACAGUACAGAAAUAAUGUGGAGCAAGCUUAAAAAGUGCUGAAACUGAUCAUUUUUGAUAUAUUUUAUAAUGGAACUUUUGUCAGGCUGAGGCAUGACCUGUUUUUUACACAACUUAAAAUGAUUAAAAUUCAUUUUGGAGCAGCAAUAACUUAAGAGGCUCCAAAAAACAGAACUCCAUUGUUUCUUAUUUGGUUUUACAGGGUGUGUUUUUAUGUGUUCCCUUUCAUAAUGAGAUUAAUGCAUGUUGGGAUAACUUCCUGGGAUUAAAGUUAUCAUUUGCUUUACUCUUUUCGAUCCUU